AUGUCCAUUACAUCAAUCACUCCCCAGAUGUGGCGGCUCCGGCACCAGAUUAUCAAUCGAACACCAACAGUUCUCACAAGCUCGAUCACCAACAGCUUAAGAUUAUCCAAGAUCGGCAGACCAGCAGUACUCUGCCCAGACUCGAAUACCAAUCGUUUUCUUCAAUGGAAUCACAACUUCGACAUCCUGAAGGGCCACCCAAGACUUCAAUCAGGCCGACCGGUCUCAAUCCCGAGGCAAUCCCAAUCGUUCAAAACAUCAGGGAUGAAAUACACGAGCUCGCUCGGAAUCUUACUAGCAAUAGCCGGCUACCAACUGACGAAACCGGCGAUCCAACUCGAGUCAGAACUGUCUCCCGGCCCGAUGAUCGAGUAUCAUCAGCAACAGCCAACCGAGCCCGAGAUAGAAAGCCUCUUGAGCGUCCGCAAACUUUCCUUCGGCACACUCACUGGCAUCUGUGCAGGCGUGUUCGUCAAGAAAGGGCUCAACUUCUUGGCGUUUAUCUUCGGUGGCGGAUUCGUACUGCUCCAAUAUUUACAUUCAAGCUCAUUGAUCAAAAUCGAUUGGAAGACGUGGGCCCACCGAUACGAGUCUAGAUUCUGGUCGAACAAGGACAAUUCUCGAUUAGGAGGACCUCCAGCUAAGCCAAUCCUCGCCAGGUUUCUCCACUUCUUGACCAGCGAUUUCCAGUACAGAAGCACUUUCACCGUCGGGUUCUUCCUUGGUCUUAGAAUCGGGUGA